AUGGCUCGUAUUGACCUGCAUACCGUGGACACUCUGCAAUUGUACGGCCCUCGGGCGUCCACAGUUGAUCGGAAGACCGUGAAGGGGAAGAUCCUCGGUGGUGAGAUUUUUGCCGACUUCAGUCGGACCGAACGUGCCGCCAUCUGGACGAACCUACGGUCCCAAGAAGCGUGUGACGGCAUCAUCCCAUCCCUUCAUACCUUCUUCCGCGACCUUUCCUACCUGGAACUCUGCGCCAAUGCCGUGAAACGGUUGGUUGUUCUCAGUAAGCCGCGCCCCACGGUUCGGAGUGCGCUGGUCCACAGUUUUCGAUCCCCCCGUGCCGACCGCGAUUGUCUGAUCCAGACGUCUGACACUACUUUCCGUCGCCAGCCUGGAUCCAGUGACGAACAUCUAACGUCCGGAUAUCGUCAAAUCUGGAUGUACGCCAUGCGAAAUUACCCGGAGAUGGCCAAGGAUAUUCAGGGCGGCCCGAGGGCCAACCCUACGCGGGCUAAGGCGCGAGCGAAGGCCGACGAGAGCGUUAUCCAUGCUAUGGCUGCUCUUGCAAAGAAGCUAGGAUUCCAUACUCCACAAAUCAAGACAAUUCUAAGACAAUCACCCGACCGGCAGAUUGCUCGGGCUGCCCUGCUCCAAGCACGGAAGCCAGAUCACUAUCACUAUGACAGUGGAACCUUCGAGUCUCUUAUCGAGCAAAUUGCUGGUUUUUUUGCGCUUGCUAUUCCAAACGAGGCCGCUCCAGUGGCACAUAUCCCUGGCUGGGCAACUAAGCUCAAGGACCGCUGUGGAGCGCCUCAGGAGCAAGCCCAGCAACUUGACCGCCCGCAUAUCUUCUUUGACACACUGCACUCGGCUACGGUGUUGCAAAGAAACCUCUCAUCCCUUGAGGUGAGACGAAGCGUUUACUACGCCUUUUUUGGCAAGUCUUCCUCGACAACCUCACAUAGUGCUCCACAGGGGCAAUCACCAUCCAACAAUCCUCUUUCACCGUUAUUUGUCCCAAGUGAUGUGUCGAGAUCACCAAUAGAAUCGGCCUACGACCAUAUGUCGACAAGCGGUUUUGACGAGGGGUCAUUCAAUGGCCGUCGGGGUCGGUCGGAACCGCCCGAAGAACCACAUCAGAGGCGAGAAGAUAGACGGCAUCAACGACAAGAAAGACAGCAGGCGGUAGAGCACAGCUCACCUGUUCCCCAAGAGUCCUCCAUUCAAAGUUCCGGAGGAGGGGCGUCUACUAUCUCCGAGGUCAUGGAUAUGUAUUGGGAUAGCUCUGACGCGGAUGAUCCGCCCCGACCGGAGAAUGUCGAGCGACAGCCGGUAGCUAGCGGAGGAAUGGAUUCUGACAUUGAGGAAGGGGAAUGUACAGGGAUCGAUGAAGACGACCUGCUUCGCGGAGCGGAGGAUGGGAGCCCUGUGGUAGAGGGAGCGGCUGCUGUAGACCAUUCGACCUUAGGGGCGCCCCGAGAUACCGAUAUGUCGAGCAUACCGGAAGAGGGAGCAGGUGCGGUGGACGUGGAUGUGGAUAUGGACUUAUCGGCGCAGUCGAUCGCGCAGGGCGACAUGAACGACUCAGAGCACAUGGAGCAGGAAAUACGUCGGCCACUUAAUGAGCCGGAAUGCCCCGAACACAUUUCUGAUGGACUACGAGCUGAGGCUCAGGAAGGACUAGCAGGAGAGCAAAUGGCGGAUGGAUCGGAGCUCAUCAUGGAAGCGGGUGAAGAACUCCUCCAAGAAGAUCGAGCAGCUCGGGAGCGCGCAGAUGCUCUUACUCAGCUACAAACCCCUGGAAGCAUGGCGGAUCAUGCCCCCCGGCCUGUGACUGAACUUCCCGCUGACUUGCCAAGUCUGAUUACAAGAUUACGGGAAGAGGGAAGCCAGCUGGGCGAUGAUAGUAUUAUUCCCGACAAAAAUCAACCGCAGGAGCUUCCUGAAUUGGAGCGGGCCACUGUUGAUCAUCUGGACCGACACCGAGAGGAUCUACCCGAUCCAGAACAGGCUCAGCGGCAGGCAAUUGAAAGGCAGGAAGGGGAGGAUCUCCUAUUUGAUGUUCCUGUGCUGGAAGAGCCAACAGACGCGGCAGUAGAAGAAGAUCGGGAAGGGUUAACUCUGGAAGUUCCCGCUCUUCACCCUCGAAGCAUGCACGAGGGUCUUUCCAGUGAUGUGCCACUGGAGCGGAGGGUCACAGUCACAUUCUAUGUCUACGAGCGACAGGCUUGGAAAAAGAUGGAUAUGGUCUCUGUGAGCCCUACUCAACUCGCUGAGGCGCAGAUUAUCGCCAACCGAUAUGCACUAGAUCCCAGCCAAUAUGCGCGCUUUUACGAUGGUCGACUACGCAAAGUUGCCGUUGAUGAGUGCGUUCGCGCAGCAAUUGACGACGGUAGUUUCACCGUCCUGAUGAGUUUUGGAAAGGAUCUGAAAGUGACUCGGCAUCUUGUCGCGUCUGUCGCACAAAUAUUUAAGUCUGCUGGAAGCGAGUGGCACGACCCUUAUCAUCCUGAAAAACGGUUGAGAGCAAAUACCGGAGCCCCAUCGGCUGGUCCCGUUCAGCCGCGAAAGGAUCCAGCGCCGACGGAGACACCCGUGGCAAUAUCAAGAAAGCCAGAGCAACGUGAUGGAAGAAAAUUCACGCCUCGAACCGUAUCUCAACCACCCCAGGUUGUGCGGCCCAAUCGGGCGGAGGCAGAUUCUCAGCCUGUUACCAUCGUGUUUUGCGCCCGAGAAAAGAACGGACACUGGAAGAUGGUGCAUGAGGUCCUUGUUGAACGAUCCGACCCAUCGCAGGUGGAACGAGUGGCAAGGAAAGAGGCGAGAAACCGGCAGGCCACAUUCUAUGAUAAGAACCUGCGGAAAGUUACUCCGGCCCAGUGCUUUGAGGCGGCAAUUGAGGAUGACACAAAUAAAAUCUUUAUGAAUUUCGGGGGAGAGCUUGCGAUGGACGAAGAGACAAUAGAGUCGAUCGCACGCGAAGUGGAAUUAUGA